AGUGUUAAGUGAUGAACGCAGCGGGUUUGCAGGCCAAAUCGUUCUGCAAAUGGGAACACGAGGUCGCCAUCUCAACAGCAUCUUUGAUUCCACGCUGAUCCAGACGUCCAAACCAAUCCAAUCCGCACAAAGCUCUUCAAACACUCUGUUUCUUGGUUUUGAUUAUUCUAUCGCCGUCAAUUUUAGCGAUGCAAGCAAUGCCAAAUUGCCGAGAUCUAGGUCUUCUUGUUCAUAAUGCUUUUAAUGGAUUCCUCAAUCACCUGUCCCACCACAUUGCGUUUACAUUAGACUUCUCUUUCGUCCUCAUUUUCGUUUUGAAUGCGUGGACUCUCAACAGUAAGAUUCCUACUCGUUAUCUUAAAUGAUUCCGUAGAAAGAAAGCUCCUCAAAUUGAUUCUCUGUUCCUUCUGGAUGCGGUUCUCUCUUUAGAUUAUUCGGCUGCGGAAGGAGUUUCUUGAAGGUUAUCCAUGGGGGAAGAAGAUAGUAUUUACACGCAAGAUGGAACAGUGGACUACCGUGGAGAUCCGGCUGUUAGAACCCGAACGGGAACCUGGAAGGCCUGUCCCUUUAUUCUAGGAAAUGAAUUUUGUGAGAGAUUGGCUUACUAUGGAAUGAGCUCGAAUCUGGUGCUGUACUUUAAGAAUCAUUUGAAUCAGCAUAGUGCUACAGCUUCAAAAAAUGCUAAUAAUUGGAGUGGAACCUGUUACAUUACUCCCUUGAUUGGAGCCUUUUUAGCCGAUGCCUACUUGGGUAGAUAUCGAACUAUUGCUGCCUUCUCCAUCGUCUACGUCAUUGGGAUGACACUUUUGACAUUGUCAGCUUCGGUGCCUGGCUUAAAGCCUACUUGUGUUGCUAAAGAUGAUUGUCAUGCGACGGCUGCUCAAAGUGCAGUGUGUUUUGUGGCUUUGUACUUGAUUGCGUUGGGAACUGGUGGGAUAAAGCCUUGUGUUUCGUCUUAUGGAGCAGAUCAAUUUGAUGAUGCUGAUGAAACUGAGAAGAAGCACAAGAGCUCUUUCUUUAAUUGGUUCUAUCUUUCAAUCAAUGUUGGUGCUCUAAUUGCAAGCUCUGUGCUAGUUUGGGUGCAAGAAAAUGUGAGCUGGGGUUGGGGGUUUGGUAUUCCAGCCAUGGCUAUGGCGAUUGCUGUGGUGAGUUUCUUUUCGGGGACUCGGCUGUAUCGAAACCAGAAACCUGGAGGAAGUCCUUUUACACGUAUAUGUCAGGUCGUGGUGGCGUCUUUUAGAAAAUAUGAAGUAAAAGUACCUGAAAACAAGGCUCUGUAUGAGACUGCCGAUAACGAGUCUGCUGUCGUAGGAAGCCGCAAACUCGACCACACAGAUGAUUUCAGGUUCUUUGACAAAGCAGCAGUGGAGCUUGAAUCAGAUGAGAUGUUAAAAGGCACGGUAAAUCCAUGGAAGCUUUGCACUGUGACUCAAGUAGAGGAGCUUAAGGCCAUCAUAAGGUUGCUUCCGGUAUGGGCAACAGGGAUCGUAUUCGCAGCUGUGUAUAGUCAAAUGGGCACUUUAUUUGUAUUACAAGGUGACAAAAUGGAUGCUCAUAUUGGCCCCAACUUUGAGAUCCCUGCUGCAUCUCUCUCCAUCUUUGACACAUUGAGUGUGAUCUUUUGGGUCCCGGUUUACGAUCGAAUCAUAGUUCCAAUGGCUCGAAAAUACACCGGUCACCCGAACGGCAUAACUCAACUGCAGAGAAUGGGCAUUGGCCUGUUUAUUUCAAUUAUAGCUAUGCUAUCUGCAGCUAUCUUAGAACUUGUGAGACUUCGAGAAGUUAGAAGGCACAACUACUAUGAACUUGACCAUAUGCCCAUGUCCAUCUUCUGGCAAGUUCCGCAGUAUUUUCUUAUUGGUUGUGCUGAAGUAUUUACCUUCAUUGGGCAGUUAGAAUUCUUUUACGAGCAAGCUCCCGAUGCCAUGAGGAGUCUCGGCUCGGCUCUCUCGCUCACUACCGUCGCACUUGGAAACUACCUGAGCUCUCUACUUGUGACUAUUGUCACCAAAUUCAGCACUAAAGAUGGGAGUCCUGGAUGGAUACCAGACAAUUUGAACUACGGUCAUAUACACUAUUUCUUUUUUCUCUUGGUGAUCUUGAGUGUCAAAAACUUGAUUGCCUAUCUUUUCAUAGCCAAGUGGUAUAAGUAUAAGAGGCCCCUUGGAACCCUUCGCUGAUUAAUGAAGAACAGUGCAAAACAGAACAGCCUCUACAUUCUAAAUUCUGUCAGUAAAUUUAGUAGUUGUUUCUCGUUUGUAAUGCAACUCAUAUUCAAACAAGAAAUGAUAAGAGUCCAAAGUUUCAUUUUGA